AUGCAAGAAGAAGAGAAAUUUCAAGUCAACGCACUGGAGCACAUAUCUGUCACGCAAGAUCGGCUAAAUGAAAUAAGAGAUGCAACUGCAGCCGAUGUCCAGACGCGUCUACUGCGCGAGUACGCACAGACGUCAUGGCCCGAGCAGAAAGAGCAAGUCCUUCAACUCGGAAGGCCAUUCUGGUCCUACAGAGAGAAGAUCCACGAGGAAGACGGCCUUGUGCUGCGGUCAAACAAGAUAAUAAUACCAACGGCCAUCAGAUUCAAGAUUCUCAACUUGCUCCACACUGCACACGCGGGCAAAGACAAAAUGAAGAAAAGAGCCAGAGAAAUUUUGUUCUGGCCCGGAAUCAGCGCUGACAUUGACCGCGAACAUGACAAAUGCAGCAAAUGCGAGAAGUGCAGAUCAAGAAACUUCAAGAUGCCACUCCUGAGCCACGCACUGCCAACGCUUCCUUGGCAGUUGGUCGGGGCAGAUUUCUUCACUCACGAAGGAAAAGACUACAUAAUCCUGGUGGAUUUUUACUCAUUUUAUUUUGAGGUAGAAGAAAUGAAAAUUACCAGAGCUUCCAAAGUCAAAGAGUUCUGCCUUAAAGUAUUCGCAACACAUGAACUGCCGUUGAAGAUUAUAAGCGACAAUGGCCCACCAUUUAGCAGCCGGGAGUUCAAGCAGUUCUUGGAAAACCUCAAGAUAGAACAAGUUACAUGA